GUGUGACAUCUCUGCUAAUGUGAACAGGUCGUGUUUAAAUGUAAUAUUUUUUAAUGAAGUUUAUAGUUGAUGUUUGACUUUAUGCUUAGAAAACAUGGCUUGCUUUUUUAGAAGAAAAAUUGCUGCGAAGCUGGCGAAGACGCUGCAACAGUCUGAGGAUGUUUUUGUCCCAGCUCUCACUGCUGUCCCUGUUUUAAAGAAACGUCCGAGUGCCGACUUCAGGCUGUCACUUGAAACAUUACGAGUCAACGGGAUUCUGCCUUCCAGUGGGGAUCUUCAGUUGCAGACAGAAAGCCUGGCUGCCCAGCUAAAGCCAGACAGCAUGGUGGAAGAGAUUUCAGCUCGACAAGGGUUGAUUUACUUCAAACUAAACCGCAGUCUUCUUGCUGAGAAAUUGUUGGAGAAAUUUGGGAAAGGCGAGGAUGAUAACUUUGGGUUAAAUAGUGAACUUUUUGAAACUCUUAAGAGAGGGACCAUAUUAGUGGAGUUCAGCUCCCCAAAUAUUGCUAAAAAGUUUCAUGCUGGGCAUCUGCGCUCAACGAUUAUUGGUAACUUCAUAGGUAACCUGAAACAAUCUCUCGGUAACAAUGUUAUCCGAAUGAACUACCUGGGAGACUGGGGCAUGCAGUUUGGUUUGUUGGGAGCUGGAUUUAACAGGUUUGGGUGCUUGGAAAAAUUAAAGGAAAAUCCAUUACAGCAUUUGUUUGAGGUUUAUGUUCAAGUGAACAAAGAAGCGGAGCACAGUGAAGAUAUCAAAGUUGCAGCUAAAGACUUCUUCAGACAGCUGGAGCAGCAUGAUGACCAGGCCAUGUCAUUAUGGCAACAGUUCCGGGAGAUCACAGUGAAAGAGUAUCAGCAUAUUUACAAGAGGUUAGGAGUCCACUUUGAUGUGUACAGCGGGGAGUCAUUUCACCAAGCCCAAACGCAAGAGGUGGUCCAGGAGCUGCAGAGCCGAGGUCUGCUGAAAACCUCAGAGAAGGGAACCGGCGUGGUUGAUCUCUCCCCAAAUGGAGACAAGAGUAACAUCUGUACGCUACUCCGCAGUGACGGAACGACCCUCUACAUCACCAGGGACAUUGCUGCAGCUAUCAGCAGAAAGGAAAAGUACUGCUUUGAUGAUAUGAUUUAUGUGACAGAUAAAAGCCAGGAGAAUCACUUCAACCAGUUGUUCCAGAUUCUUCUGACAAUGGGAAAUUCUUGGGCUGAAAGGUGUCGGCAUGUGUCCUUCGGCCUGGUGCAGGGCAUGAAGACCAGGACGGGUGAGGUGGUGUUUCUGGAAGAUGUGCUGGACGAAGCUCGGGCCAGGAUGCUCCACAACAUGAACCAAUCCAAUACAACGAAGGAACUGGAAAACCCGGAAGACACAGCAGAGAAAGUGGGAAUCAGUGCAUUAAUAGUCCAGGAUUUUAAAGGUCCCCUUCGGUCUGAUUAUAAGUUUGACUGGGAUCAGAUGCUGCAGGCUCAAGGCGACACCGGCGUCUUCUUGCAAUAUACACACGCCCGACUCUGCAGUCUAAUGCAGAGGAAUAAAUGUGUGGAGGCAGCUGCGUUCAACCCAUCCUGCCUGUGUGAGCAGACCAGUGUCGCCAUUCUUCAGCACCUCCUUCGUUACGAUGAGGUGUUGCAUCAGUCGAACCAGGACCUGCAGCCCAAAUACCUCGUCAACUUUUUACUGAAGCUGAGCCACUUCGUCGCUUCAGCACACAGGGAGCUGCCAGUGAAAGGAAGUCCUCCAGAUGUUGCACAGGCAAGGUUACGACUGUUCAGUGCAGCAUGCUCAGUUCUGGCCAGCGGGAUGAGAAUACUUGGAAUCACACCAGUUCAAAAAAUGUAAACCAAACCUUUAAAGAUCUUUGGCAGUGAAUACAAAGUCCUAUAUUUUUCCAAAUAAAGUUAAAAAACAAACUUC